UUUACUCAGUUCCAAUGCCGAGGAAACGCCGAAAUUCGCACUCUCUGGCGACCCCAAUGCCGCAUUUUUCUGCAAUAAUGCUUCAGUUCCCCAUUCCUGGACACGAACUGAUGAUCCCAGUAAAGUCUGCAAUGAAAUUUGGUAAGGAUUUGUCUGAGGUUGCUACUCUUAUUGUUCCUAAUGGCCGAUCUUGGCAAGUAAGACUAAAGAAAGACGGGAAGAAAAUCUGGCUUCAUGAAGGUCUGCAAGAAUUUGUAGAAUAUUACUCUGUCCAAUAUUUCUACAAUUUACACUUUAGAUAUGAAAGGAAUUCGGUAUUCUAUGUUUGUAUCUGCGAUGCAUCCGGUUCUGAAAUUGACUAUCCAUGUGAUAGUCCAAACAGAGGUCAUGUAGUGCCCGAUUUCAGAAAGCAUCAUGAGGAGCACAUCGGAGGUGAUGAUUCUGUUGAAAUUUUGGAUACCAAACCUUCCAUUUCUCUUGGUUUGCGUGUUAAGGAUGGAGAUGAAGAUAAAAAAGAUGUUGAAGUUGUUGAGAUUUUGGAUAUCAAACCUUUUGCCUCCAAUGGAGGUGCGGAGCAAGAUUAUUCUAGGAAAAACCACAUACGUCUCUUUCAGCAGAAAAUAGGCAGGCAUACUAGCCGUUGCCAAAGUCAUACUUCUAAGGAUCCUCCGACUUCUGGGGUAGCCUACUGGACGAGUAGAAGCUGUAGAAAAGAAAAGCAGGCAGACCUAAAAGAACCGGCCAAUGACAAUGUUCCUGGAAGAGGUCAAGCUAAAGAAAAGAAGAGGUCACAUGCACGUGCUUUCCCAGCGAAAGAAGAUGUUGAAAUGCUUUUUCCCAGAAGUUUCUCCUACACUAAAUCGCGAAGACUAAUGAACUCUAAGGAAACUGAGAGGGCGGUUCGUGCUGCUAGUGUGUGCAAGCUUAAAAACCCUUCUUUCAUGGUUAUCUUGCGAUCAUAUAAUCUAUGUCACAGCUAUGUGAAUAUGCCAGAGGAAUUUGUAAGGAGACACUUGAACCAGUGCUCUGAGGAUAUCCAACUUCAGGCUAACAAUGGGAGAAGGAAAUGGCCUGCUCGGUGCUAUUACCAAGUCAAAGACGGUUUGAUUACCUCAGUCAAGAAAAUAGGCAAAGGUUGGGGUCCAUUUUCAGCCGAUAAUAAUCUGCAGGAAGGAGAUGUUUGUGUUUUUGAGCUGACCAAGAAGGGGAAGGAUGUGAAUGUUCUGAGAGUCUGGAUUUAUCAUGCAGCUGAUUAUGCAAGGUCAGCACAGAAAAGGUUCAAAGCAAAGUAACUUGUCUAAGAGCAGCGUUUGAUGAAGAAUUUUGUCCCAAAAUAGUAGUAGCACGCCUACUUUUGGUUUCUGUGUUUUGUUUAUUGGCAUGGCUCACUCAAAUAUGUCUCAAUAUUUGUAUAUAAUCUUUGUACAUGUUGCUGCUAAAUUAGGCACUACAAACUCCAAACUGCCUUCGUUUUGGAACAGGGUUCAGAAUAUAUAUGCAGCUGUAACUUCUAUAAAUUAACCAAAAAGA